CUCCAGUCCCAAGUCAUGUCCUGCUACACCCAGUGUGUGCCAUGCCAGCCCUGCGGCCCGACCCCUCUGGCCAGCAGCUGCAAUGAGCCCUGUGUCAGGCAGUGCCAGAACUCCACCAUCGCCAUUGAGCCCUCUCCCGUGGUGGUGACCCUGCCCGGACCCAUCCUCAGCUCCUUCCCGCAGAACACCGUUGUGGGCUCCUCCACCUCCGCUGCUGUUGGCCGCAUCCUCAGCUCUGAGGGCGUGCCCAUCACCUCGGGGGGCUUUGACUUGUCCGGCUUGGGCAGCCGCUCCUGUGGCAGAAGGUGCCCGCCCUGCUGAAGCCGCUGGCCGUGGACCUGGAAAAAUUCUUCCAUGAGCCACAAACACGUUGCUGGAUCACCUGACCAAGCUCAGCUCCUCAAGCAAAUGCUGACAGCUGGAGGCAAUCCUGGGUUUUCCGAAAACAGCUCAUGUCUCUUUUUCAUUUCCUCUAUUUCCAUUUUCUUCCCUUCCCUCCCCUCCCCUCCCUUCCACCUUCUUUUUUUUUUUUUUUUUCCCCCCUUCUCCUGCUAUGGGCAAUGAGGCUUUUGAGAACCAACACAAUCCCUGCUACAAGGAAGACACUGGCCCUGCAUACACUCCAACAAGGGACUGGAUGAAUCCUGUAGUCUGGAGCCUCUGCUCAGUGUGACGUCAUUUUCCUCUGUAAACAUUCAUUAAAGA